AACAACGCUGCAACCAUGCUCUUUAUCUACGCGACGGGGAUUAACCUCAUAGACCCUGGGGAAUUUAUUUUCAUCUCUCUUGCUUCGACUGGCUGGGUUUUGACAACAGCUAAAGCUCCCAGUGCCCGCCAUCACUCGCAGUUUAGCACACGAAGCAAGAUGGACGUACCGUCUCAAGCCCUCCUGUGUCUUUUUGCUGUUUUAGCCGGUUUUACAGCUAAAGCUCCCAGUGCCCGCCAUCACUCGCAGUUUAGCACACGAAGCAAGAUGGACGUAUCGUCUCAAGCCCUCCUGUGUCUUUUUGCUGUUUUAGCCGGUUUCACAGCAGCGGACGCGCACGAAUACUCCUGUCCUAAUGCGUGUGAAGUCCCGUUCCAUUCUGUCGGUUGCUACCAUGACAUGGCGAACAGGGCUCUACCAGUUGAAAUCCUAAACGAGCGAGAUGAAAGCAGUGAUGUGAAGGGAGAUCAACUUAUUGAGUGGUUGAGGUGGGAUAAAUACGUGCCAGAAUUUGCUUGCCGCUGUGCCAAGCUAGCGAAGGCCAAGGGAUAUAGCUACUUUGCACUUCAAUUUUAUGGAGAAUGUUGGAGCGGCCCUACCCCCACAGGCAAAGAAUACGCUAAGUACGGCAAGAGUGAGAAUUGCGCCUCAACCGAGAUAGACGCUCACAAGCAAGCUAUCAAGAAGUGUGAGAAAGGAAAUCGCUUCUGCUCAGGCAAACAGUGGAGCAACUAUGUCUACCAUAUUGAGCCUGAUUGCGACCUGAAGUUCGAGAAAGUGGGAUGUUUUGCUGACAACCACAAGGUAGCUCGACCUCUUCCUGUUUACAUCAUGACUGAUCGUGACAAGUCUCGCACUGAUAUUUCAUCCGGUCAUUCGAUCGAUUGGGCGCAUUGGGAUACCUAUAUACCGGAGCUUGCCUGCAGAUGCGCCCACAUCACCAAGGCCAAGGGAUGGAACACUUUCGGUCUUCAGUUCUACGGAGAGUGUUGGAGCAGCAAAGACGCAGAGAAGACAUACGCCAUGGACGGGAAAUCCUCUCGCUGCGUCGACAAAUGCUACCAGCCUUGCAAGGACUCGGAGAAGUUUUGCGCCGGGCAGCACUACACCAAUGCUGUUUAUCGACUGAUCGAUAGCCGAGGUGACGAAAGAGAUGAAAAAGAUGACAAAGAAGACAUCAAGAAUGACAUAAACGACGUCGUUGAUAAUGAUGUAGAGUUUGUGCGUAAUUGGCUAAGGCCGUGACUUUUCCACGAGCAAUUUUGUAGAAUUCCCGUCGACAAAUAAUUUGUUACAUCUUUUACUGAGGCUUCGAGUUACAAAUUCGGUGCAAACCAAAUACAGCUAAUAACGCAGUGGCUAUAUACCCGACAGUCGGAAAAGGUCCUCGAUGGACCAAAUGCCCGGCAGUUUUCAAUGUAUUCAAAUAACCCAGUAAAUUGUUUACCUAGUAAAGACAACGUAUUCUAAAUUUGUCGAGAAAGAGCAAACGAUUCUUCAUUGAACUUUGUCGUCGGAAUUAUAAAUGUUUACGCCACUGUGCGUGGCGUGAACCGACUAAGACAGGACUGAGAUCCUGGUUAUUGCCUUACCAUUCAUGCACGGUUGUGUUGUACAGUACGCCAGAUAGCUGUGCGGGGGCCGAAAUCCCCAGCUUAGCCGUAAAGCUUUAUGCUGCCAUACGGUGUUUCAGCGUAUGUCUGGAAGUAUGGUCUAUUUUUUGGCAUUUUACCUGACCUGGACGAGGUUUGAUUCUUGGCCAUGUAAUUGAUUUUGUUUAUUUAUUUUUAUUUUGUUUUUGUUUUUUUUGCUGUUUACUAUUACCAUAAGUGACAGUGCUGAAUAGCGUAUGCGCAUGCGCGUGUUCUGGCGAAAACAAACAAAAUCGUAGUGUUGAAUCGUUCGAGUAAAGGUACGAAUGGCUGACUUCAGUUCUGGCGAAAACAAACAAAAUCGUAGUGUUGAAUCGUUCGAGUGAAGGUACGAAUGGCUGACUUCAGUCGCUGUUUUGACUUACCGUACAGCAUUAAAACCAUACUGUACAAAAGAUUACAGAUUUGUUUGAUAAUGAGGGAGUCAUAAAGAAAAUGAUAGCCUUAGGUUUGAUCUAGUUUUCUUAGCAUUCACCAAAAUGUGACAGUUUGCCGGUAAAACGCCGUCAUUUCAUAACAAAAAAGGCUGGUUUAACCGCAAGGUACCGGAACUAGUCUUGCGUUUUUCAGUACUGUCACUAUCAGUCAUGUCGUCUUUACGAAGCAGUCGUGAUAUUGCAGUGUAAAGCCAGGAUUUUCCGACGGGGCUUAAGCCAUGUAUGCAGCUCGUCUUCACGCUUACAUGGCAACACAUACCACAGGGUGACCAUAAAAAUGUCAUCACUUACGAUCUUGAAUUAAUACAGCACAGGGUACCCAGAUGUUAGGGUUUAGUUUUAGGGUUACUUACUUUUCAAGUAACGCAGUGGCUAUAUGACUGGCUUAUUUGAUCAAACUGGUAACUGUCGGGAAUUUAGUCCAUUAAACCUCUUUAUCCACAAUGUCAUUGUAGCAGAUAAAAUUCAAAGAUAAUUUUUUUAUUAGAUUUUAUAGUGUAAGCUGAUUUCAGAAUCGUUUGCCCUUUCUAAACAAAUAUAGAAUACUUUGUACUCACUAGGUCGACAAUUUAUUGGGUUAUUUAAAUAAUUGGUAACUGUCGGGCAUUUAGUCUACCGAGGACCUUUCCCGGAUGUCGGGAAUAUAGCCACUGCGGACUUAUAAACCGUCUUCUGAUUCUGUAAUUUAUUAAAGAAAAAAAUAUUCUUAUUAACA